UUCUCAUUUCCAGUGCAUUUCCCAUGCCACUCCAUCGCAUCCCUUCAACAAACCUACACACUUGGCUUCCACCACAACAAUACGCCGCUGUCAGUCUCCCACACAACGAUAUAGCGGCGCACAAUGUCUUCUCCAUCGCGAAGAUCGACGCGGAGUACCGCAACGCCUGGUCGCGCGACUCGAAGUUCGCAGCCCGGAAGCAGCCCCGCUCCCGCAGCAGGCCCCUCGGCCGCAGGAGAAAGGACUCCCCGCCAGACUCGUUCUUCCCAACUAGCUUCCAGUCCGCUCUUCUACCAGUCCUCGUCUCCUGCCCCAGCUGCCAAUACUGUCCAAUCUCCCCUGCGUCAGAUGAGCAACAGCCAGAGCACGGCGUCCCAGCAGAUUGUCCCCACCUCGCCCCUGCGCCAGCAAACCGAGACUCCGAGUGCUGGUGACCGCACCCCCCGUGCCAGCGGCGCUCUGAUUGGAGACUCGUCGCCGAUCCGCUAUGAUCCCAGUUCCAGCCCGGGCCGCCAGCUCACCCAACAGUCAGACCUCCGCAGCGAAAGCAGUGCGCUCUUUGUCAGCUCGCAAAGGAAUGCCAACGUUAGGUCAACCCGAGGAGACAUCAACCCCGAAGUUAUCAGGACAACGCACAUCCCGCGUCGUAUCCUCCUGGAUGAAGCCGGCCGGGUUGUCCGUGACGGCUCCGCCAUCGUGUCGGAUGCCGCCUCCUUCGCGAACAACAACCCCCACACUUCGGAAGCGGAUGCCCUCGGCGGAUCGAGCCAAAGUCUCGUCUGGGGUACCACAGUGUCGCUUGAGGACUCUUUCGUCUCGUUUAGGGACUUUCUCAAGAACUUUACCAAAAAGUACCGUAUGUGGGCGGAUGGCGCCACCGAGGCCGAUACCAAUGGCGAUCCCGAAGCGAAUUCAAAGCCUUACUGGGACGCGCUGGAGAACAUGUUGCUUCUCGGUACCAACAAGCUGUACUUGGAUCUGCGCGACCUCAAGGCGUAUCCGCGUACCGUGAAGCUGUGGCAUCAAUGUCAAGCAUAUCCGACCGAGAUCAUUCCCGUCAUGGACCAGUGUGUCCACGACUGCAUGAUCGAACUCGCCCGAGCAGAGAUGGCGAGCCAACGGGCGGCCGCACAGAAUGCGGCCGCCUCUGCUGCUCCUCAAGCCUCUCAAAGCUCAGAGAUCGCCUUCCCAAGUUCGGAACGGGGUGACGAGGCACCCACCCCGCGCCCCGCACAGCCGCAGCAGGCGAGUCUCGAGGAUCAAGUUGCCGGCCAGCGCUACCUCGUCCGGCCUUGGGGGCUCGAUAAAUCCAUCAACCUGCGAGACCUCAACCCCUCCGACAUGGACAAGCUCGUAUCAAUCAAGGGGCUCGUUAUCCGGGCUACGCCCGUCAUCCCAGAUAUGAAGGAGGCCUUCUUCAAGUGCAGCGUAUGCGGACACUCUGUCACCAUGAGCUUGGAUCGGGGCAAGAUCCGGGAGCCUACCGAGUGCCCUCGUGCUCGUUGCAAGUCCAAGAACUCGAUGCAAAUCUUGCACAACCGCUGCAUUUUUGAGGACAAACAAGUCAUCAAACUGCAAGAAACGCCAGAUGCGGUGCCAGCUGGCCAGACGCCCCACUCCGUGUCUGUCUGCGUCUACAACGAGCUGGUCGACUUCUGCAAGGCCGGCGACAGGGUGGAACUCACGGGCAUCUACAAGGUUACCCCCGUCCGCGUCAACCCGCGGAUGAGGACAGUCAAGAGCGUGCACAAAACUUAUGUCGACGUCGUCCAUGUGCAAAAGGUGGACAAGAAGAGGAUGGGUGCUGAUCCGUCUACCCUUGACCUCGCUGAGGAAGAGGAGGCGCAUGCCAGCGGGCAAAGUCUCGACGAGAUCAAGAAAGUCACGCCAGAGGAGGAGGAGAGGAUCAAGGCUACGGCUGCUCGCCCCGACAUCUACGAUCUCCUCUCCCGCUCCCUGGCCCCUUCGAUCUUCGAAAUGGACGACGUGAAAAAGGGCAUCCUUCUCCAGCUGUUUGGCGGCACAAACAAGACUUUUGAGAAAGGAGCAAGCCCGAAGUAUCGCGGGGACAUCAACAUCCUGCUGUGCGGUGACCCUUCCACAGCCAAGUCGCAGCUCCUAUCGUACGUGCACAGGAUCGCUCCACGAGGCGUUUACACCAGCGGCAAAGGUUCCUCGGCCGUCGGUCUCACUGCAUACGUGACGCGCGAUCCGGAGACGCGGCAACUGGUGCUCGAGUCCGGUGCCCUCGUCUUGUCCGAUGGAGGCGUGUGCUGCAUCGACGAAUUCGACAAGAUGAACGACUCAACACGGUCAGUUCUCCAUGAAGUGAUGGAGCAACAGACAGUGUCCGUAGCCAAGGCGGGCAUCAUCACAACGCUCAACGCCAGGACAAGCAUCCUGGCAUCUGCCAACCCGAUUGGCAGUCGGUACAACCCGGACCUUUCUGUCCCGCAGAACAUCGACCUGCCCCCGACCCUCUUGUCCCGUUUCGACCUGGUCUACCUGAUUCUUGACCGUGUCGACGAGAAGACCGACCAACGGCUCGCCCGCCACCUCCUCUCCAUGUAUCUCGAAGACAAGCCCGAGUCUGCCCACUCCAACAAUGACGUCCUGCCAAUCGAAUUCCUAACCUCCUACAUCUCUUACGCCCGCACCCACAUUCAGCCCACCAUCUCAUCCGAGGCCGGCCGGGAGCUGGUCGAGUCGUACGUCGAGAUGCGCAAGCUCGGGCAGGACGUGCGGGCCGCCGAGAAGCGCAUCACGGCGACGACGCGGCAGCUCGAGUCCAUGAUACGGCUGGCCGAGGCGCACGCAAAGAUGCGCCUGUCGCCCGUCGUGACGCGCGACGACGUCCAGGAGGCCGUGCGCCUCAUCAAAUCGGCGCUCAAGACGGCCGCCACCGAUAGCCAGGGCCGCAUCGACAUGAGCCUGCUGACGGAAGGCACCAGCGCUGCCGAGCGCAAGCGCCGCGCCGACAUGAAGGACGCCGUCGUCAAGCUGCUCGAUGAGCUGACGGCCGGUGGGCAGACGGUGCGCUUCGCCGAGGUGGCCAGGAAGCUGGCCGAGAGUGCGGGUGUGCCCGUGGAAACGAGCGAGUUUGCCGAGGUUAUGAGGGCCCUUGAGAUGGAAGGGGCCGUGAUGAUUACUGGCGAGGGGCCGAGGAAGAGUGUCAGGAGAGUGACGGCAACUGUGUAAUGACGUGAGUAGCAUGGAUGGGAUACGGACUGGCGCUGGUUCUUUGUUUUUGUUUGGACUCUUGCUCAUUUGUCACGCCAGGGGCCUAUAGGUAUGUAUUUGUAUGCAUCUUGUUUCGCGAGAGGCUCUCCAAGACAUAAGUAAUUCAGAACACGGACUAGGGUAGGUAUACUCGGCGAUGAAACAACCAAUUCCCAAGCGC